AGUGUGGGAAAGUUGGGCAUCGGAAAGAAUAUUGUAGCAGUAACAAACCGGUGCCGGAGCUGACACCAGCUACCACAGUAGCCAUAGCUAACGGUCAUGGUGCUGGUCUAGAUCAAGCUCAAACGGCUAGUUCAUCAGGCAAACACUCUAUUCCUGACAGAGGGCAGAGAGACGAAUUUGGGCCUUGGAUGUUGGUGAAUAGGAAAAAUAAUAGGCCCAACCCCAUUGCACGGCCAGCUGGACCCAACAACUACAUUCACAAAAGAUCUGCUAAUCGGUUUGGCCCUUUAGCUGAAAAUGGGAACAUGGUAGGAGCCCCCGAAAGAGCUAAGCAUCAAGGCCACACUGGCCCAAGCAUGGUAAACACACACAGAACAGCCUCUACUAGUGAGUCAGGCAAUCCUCCUAUAGCUCAGGAAAUUUUCUCAAAAGGCCAAAAGGAUGAAAGACAACUCAACAAAGAUCAGGACCCAGCUGUUGAAGGACAAACUUUACCAGAGAUUCCUGCUUCAAGCUACAAUCCUAGCUUAGGGCAAGCCACUAACAACGACUUGGAAUUGAUGAAUGCAGAGGUCAGUUCACCCAACCCCCCCUUAUCACCUUUUAAUCCCACCCCAGUCCAGAUUUCUUGUCUUACUCCUUCCCCAUCUACCUCUGUAGCUCCCCAAAACCCCAUUGGCAGUUUUGAUCUGAAACAAAAACCGCCUGAUACAAAUCAUGAGUACCCCCAGCAACACCAGUUCCAACGACGACCCGGAGAUACCAGAAGUGCAACUCACCAGGAUGAAACACAGCUCUGUGGGGUCAUACCUCAAACCAGAGAGCGAAGCCAUUCACCAAGUAGGCAUCGAAUGGUGGAUAGAAGAGAUAAAACUGAAUAUAGAACCCAGGUGGGUGAGCGUGGGAGGCCGUCCCUUGCAGGCAACUCAGAUGGCAGCCCUAAGGCCAUCAGAGCUAUCCAAGAAGGUAGUGCGUAACUUCAUUGGUCUUGCUAACACAGAUUCGUUACCCCACCUUCCUAACCGAUCAUCCAUGACUGUUAUGCUAUGGAACUGUCGGGGAGCCGGCAACAAAAUUUUUAGGAGAAACUUUAGAGAACUAAUUAGAGUACAUCGGCCUAAUGUGGUUGCUCUUUUUGAAACCAAGGUCCCUUUCAGCUCAAUGGGUCUAUUCUUUAACCACUUGGGGUUUACUGCCUCUACCAUUGUGGAUCCUGUUGGACGAGUAGGAGGUAUAUGGUUGCUUUGGAAACCUACACAAGUCUCAGUCAGUGCCCAUAUUGCCAACUCUCAAGUUAUUCAGGCUACUGUGAAAAGAGAGAACUAUGAAGAGUGGGUGCUAGCUGCAGUCUAUGCUAGUCCAAAUCCUGGUAUGCGUCAAAAUCUCUGGAAUGACCUAGAAGAAUCUUCAAACUCCAUGCUUAACCCUUGGCUUGUGGCGGGAGACUUUAAUGAUGUCAUGGGGCAGAAUGAAAGGAGAAGUUUCACACAGAAUAAUCACAGUAACCGUUGCAGAAAGUUUCUCGAUAACAUUAACCGUUGUGGGCUUAUGGACCUAGGUUGUACGGGGCCGAAAUUUACUUGGUCAAACAACAGGAAGGGAUUGGCUAAUACUAUGGAAAGGUUGGAUCGAGCUCUUUGUAAUACGGAAUGGAGGAUCACCUUCCCCGAAGGAGCAGUCCGAAAUCUUCCUCGUACAUACUCGGACCACUCACCUCUUAUGGUCUACACUGAAGGGAAAAUCAAACUUAACACAGAUGGAUGCUCCAAAGGCAACCCUGGACCUGCUGGAUACGGUGGGCUGUUCAGAGAUGCUAGAGGAACCUGGAUAUUUGGCUAUCAUGGGAAAUUGGAGGUAGCUACAAGUGAGGAAGCUGAGCUGUGGGGUAUUUACCGAGGCCUCACCAUCAUUUUGGAAAAAAGCAUGCAUGAUAUUACAAUUGAAACAGACUCAGAGCAAAUGGUGUUGCACAUCAACAACACCACCCCCAGCAAUCAUCCACAUAGAGCCUUGCUAGAAGACAUCAAGUUUCUUAUGCUGAGAUGCAACUGUGAUGUCUCUCACAUUCUCCGGGAAGGGAACAAGUGUGCCGAUGGUCUUGCUAAUAUGGGAGUGAAUCAUGUAGAGAACUUGGUAGUUUUAGAUAAUCCCCAAAUGAAAUUGCAAAUCUUUUGAUUGCAGACAUUGUUGGGGCUUCAUGUGAAAGGGCUUAGUUUCUUUGUUU